CGGGAGAGUCACACGGCCUCCGCUGCUGGCAGGACUUGCGGAGGCGGAGCAAGGGACUAAAGCAUGGAUCUUGAUGGCUCUGAACAAGAUCUUGAAGUGAAGGAAUAUUCUCCUGUCUGUGUUGGCAGAGAAGAUGACAUUAAAAAAUCUAAAAGAAUGACAGCUGUUGUCCAUGAUAGAGAAGUGGUCAUUUUCUACCACAAAGGAGAAUAUCAUGCGAUGGAUAUUCGCUGUUACCACUCAGGAGGGCCUUUACAUUUGGGAGAAAUAGAGGAGUUUGACGGACGACCAUGCAUAGUUUGCCCCUGGCAUAAAUACAAAAUUACUUUGGCAACAGGAGAAGGACUAUACCAGUCUAUAAACCCUAGAGAUCCAUCAGCAAAACCUGAGUGGUGCUCCAAAGGAGUAAAGCAAAGGAUUCAUACAGUGACAGUGGACAAUGGGAACAUUUACGUGACUCUUUCUAAAGAACCUUUUAAGUGUGACUCUGAUUUUUAUGCCACUGGGGACUUCAAAGUAAUUCAGAGUUCUUUCUGA